CAAACCGUCAUAGAAGCAGAGUAUUCUUUCCAGAAAGACCUCGACCUGCUCCUCCCACUCCCCGCACUCCAGCGCUUCAGCGACUACAAACCACACAACUAUGUCGCGGAUAGUAGUACACCCAAAUACGCAUAUGCAACCUUCCUAGCGACUCGAAACCCCUCGCUCAAAGACCCAUACUUCCUCGCCAUCCACUCCCUCAUCCACCGCCUGCUCUGGUCCCCCAAGUCGCGCACCCAAAAACACCCUUUCAUCGUCUUUGUCGCCGACUUCGUAACCCCCGAGCAACGCGCACUACUCUCCGGGGCCGGCGCUCUCAUCCGCGAACUCGCGCCCAUCCCCUGGACGCCCAAUGUGGCCGGCGUACAAGCCCGAUGGAAAGACCUCUUCGCCAAACUCAACAUGUGGCGUGAAACCGAGUUUUCACGCAUCCUGUUCCUCGACGCCGACGCCUUCCCACUGCAGAACAUGGACGCCAUGUUCGAUCUCCCCCCGCUGAGCCAAUGCAUACCCGAGAACCUGCAUCUGGACGACUUCCUUACCGACGGCCCCGUAUGCGAACCCUACGUCUUCGCCGGGAUCCCUCAGGACCCGUUUAGCGCGGACAAUCCCAACCUCAAUGUCGGCGCCAUGGUGUUUUCCCCCUCACAACGCAUGCACGCGCGGCUGCUGCAGAACUACCCCAAGACAGACAAGUACGACUGUCUAAUGGCCGAGCAGGCUUUUCUCAACUGGCAGUUUGGCCCGCGCUCCGCGUUCCCGGCUACACGGCUCGACCGCACGUGGGGCGGUUUCUUCCCGCAGGAGGACGAGCAGGCCAAGUUGAAGGUCGUGCAUGAGAAGAUUUGGGUUGCCGACAAGGGAUGGAUGAAGGACGAGUGGGAGCAGGGCUGGAGGGAUAUGAUUGUGUUUUAUGAAUCGCUGGAAUUCGUGAGUGAGAGGGAGAGGGAUGGG